AUGAAUAAUUUAGUUCCUUAAAAGCAGUAAAUUCUGAAAUAGAAUAGUCCUAAAGAUAAGCAAAAUUAAUAGUUCUAAGAUUACCUUUAAAAUUAGAAUUUAUACAAUCCAGAUUAUCAAAAUAAUUAGUAGUAAAAUAAUAAUAGAAAAUCUAUCUUGAAGCCAUCUAAUUAUGAAAGGAAUAGAAGCAUUAGUUCAAAUAAUAGAACAAAUAGUGAAAGCAAAAAUUUAGAAAAGGAUAAAGAAACAAUACCAAUUAUUGGAAAUAAUAAUGCAAACAAAAGCCAUACUAGUCUUGAAUAGAAUCAAGAAAGCAAAAUUAAAAGCUUUUUAUCACCAAACUAUUACAAAUACGGAUUGAAAGCGGUCUAAAUUCCUUAUAAGAAAGAAGAAUAAAUAGAAGAGGGAUUAAGGAAUAUUGAAAAGCGACGCUUAGAGAGAGAUAAAGCUCUAAUUGAAAAUUAUUUUAACAUUCCUCUUAUUUUAAGAACAAAUAAAAAAAUACUCUUUGAAUAGGAGCAGAAAACAAUACUAAAUUAAGGUAGCUAAGGUCAAGAAGAGCAGUAAGAUGGUCUUUCUGCUUAAUAAAAACAAUAUAUAUUAUUUAAAUAAAAUUAAGAAACUUAUAAAUUAAAUGAUGCUCUAAAUAGAUCAAUUGAAUAUUAGAAUAGCAAAAGUAAACAAGAAAAAUAAAGAUUUAAGCUGAGAGAGUAAUUUAAUGUUAAUCCUAAUAAGCAGAUUUAAGGUUCUAAGUAUAGCAAUAAUAUUAAUGGAAGUGUUGUAAUGAGUAGCAUAAGCACUUCAGCUGGAAGCAAAUAAUUAUAAAAUUGUAAUAAUAAUAUUAGUAAAGGAAGAUAUGCAAGUUAGUAAGAACCUAGCCAUGCAAGAUCUAGGUCUGUUAAAUAAUAUUCUUAUCAUUAAAAUAGCUCUUAAUCUCAUCACAAAUAGAAGACUGAUUUUUUAAAUAUGUCUUAUUAAUUGGAAAAUAAUUUUUAAAAUCCUUAAAGCAGUAAUUUCUUUGACAGUAGCAUUUUACAAACAGAUAUUAAUUCAUGUAAAAAAAUGACAUAGAAGAAAAUUCAAUUUGAAAGGAGUUUUGAUUAAAAUUAAUAAAGUGGCUAAAGGCUUUCAGAUGAAAUUAACACAAGCUCUUUUUUAAAUGCCAGCAUUGCAGCUAGCUUGGGAAAAUAUGGGUAUACUGAUGCUUAGCCUUUUCUUAUUAACACACCAACAAAUUUAUCAAAAAAUAAUGGAAAUUCUUCAGUUAUCACACUUACAUAGGCUUUUAGUCCAAUAGGAGAAUAAAAAAAAGGUUUUGUAAGUAACUAAAAAGCAUACUCGUCUAUAAUGUCAAAUAUAAUAGAUGGACAUAGCCCAGAAAAAUUAUUGUACCAAGAAUAGUAAAAUAUAGAGUUUAUACCAUGUAUUGAUUAACCACCUCUGAUUUUACCAAUUGAGGAAAGCAAACCUGCAGAAACAUACUAAGAAAUUUAUGUAAAUGAAAUAGGAUAGCCUAUACAGGAAGAAAUGAGUUUUAUUAAAAAGACUUAAAAUAAGAGUGCUAAUUAUAGAUAAAAUAUUUAACAUAAUGAUCAAAAUAUACUUCUUAAAGAAUCUUUUAUAUCGAAUUUCGAAUAAAAAAACUCUGAUAUGAUAAAUGAACAAAAUGGGCUGAAUAAUAACUCUUAGAUUAAUCUGAGUAAGUAAUAUUAACUGAAUGAUAGUAGUAUAACUCCGUAUUAUUAGAUAAAAGAUGUUGAAUCCUAAGUGUCUAUCCUAAAAUCGAGUAGCCUUUUCUUAAAUAAGGAAAACUAUGACAUCCUCUCAAACUUCAGCGUUAAGAAUUUGAUGAAUAAAGGGACACACUCUGAAAUCUAUAAACUGAAGAAUUUAAUUACAAAUAAGGUCUAGAUAGCUAAAAGAAUUUAAUUUAAUUCAAAAUUUGCUGAAAGUGCUUUCUUAAAUGAAGAAUCAAUUAUUCAAUACUUUUUUGACGAAGGUGGCUCUAUUAAAUAAUAAUAUUAAAACCACGCUGGCUCAUAUUUGCUAAUUUAAACAACUCAAAUAGAAAAAUUAUAAAACGAAGGAAUUUUUAUUCAAUAACCAGGAGGUAAAAGCCUAUCGAGAGAAUUAUUAGAAAUCAGAGAAGAAACACUGAAAGGGGAAGUUAUUUACCAUAUAUAUCCUACAAAACUUCAUAAAUCUUUGCAAAAUCAUAAAGAAUAGUUGUAUGAACUUAUAAUAAAUUUAUGUGAAGUGAUUGAUUUACUUAGCAGUAACAAGAUAGUUCAUUCUGAUUUUAGACUGGAAAAUAUUUUAGUGGACACCCUUGAUUUUGGUGAUUCUUCUGCAAUUUAAGGUUUAAAAAUAAUAGACUUUGGGAGUUCUUACUUUUUGAACAAUAGAAAAGGAGUUUCUAACAUUAUUCCAGAAUACAUGCCUCCUGAGGUUCUGAAGCAAAUUUUAGGAAAGCAAAAGGUUGAUGUAUUUUCUGACGAGUGUCCUUGGUCUGUAGAUAUAUGGACUCUUGGAUGCAUAAUUAUUGAAAUUAUUACAGGCAUACCAGUUUGGAUGCCUCAGCGAUGCCUCUUACAUAGUCAUGGAGUGGACCCCAAAAAAGUAACUUCAGGAUUUUUCUCACAUAAACAGAGAAGAAUAGACAGAAUAUUUGAAAAGCAAGUUAAAUUUUCAAAUCAAAUUGAAUAAUUUGCAAAACAAUACUUAAAUUCAACUUGCCCAACAGUCUUUAAAAUUGAUUAGAACCUUUAUAGCAUAAUUAUAGGGAUAUUUAAAUAAGAUCCAAAAGAUAGGAUUUCUCCUAAAUAAAUAAUUAAUUUGUUAAAAAAUGUUUGA